UGAAUAUUACGGCUGUGGGUUACUUACGCUUUCUAGCUCCGUUCAUCACUUUAUUUUGAGUUGCAUACAAAUAGUUAGUCGCUUUUGACUUCCACAAUAGACUUCACUACUCCACAAUGAGCUCCAUGCGAGGCUUGACGGUUUUUAUUGCCGACAUUAGAAAAUGUCGUAUACGUGAGCUGGAGGAAAAAAGAAUCAACAAAGAAAUGGCCAAUAUCCGUUCGAAAUUCAAAGAGGGAAAUUUGAAUGGGUAUCAAAAGAAGAAAUAUGUCUGCAAAUUACUAUACAUGUACAUUCUCGGUUGGGAUAUUGAUUUCGGUCAUAUGGAAGCUGUCAACUUGAUUUCUAGUCAAAAGUACAGCGAAAAACAAAUUGGUUAUCUAGCAGUGACCUUGCUUUUCCAUGAGAACAGUGAUUUGCUUCGACUUGUUGUCAACUCGAUCAAGAAGGAUCUAGAUGAUAUGAACGAGAUCAACAACUGUUUAGCGUUGCAUGCCAUUGCAAAUAUUGGUGGUAGAGAAAUGGCCGAAAGUCUCGCUGUGGAUGUUCAUCGUUUAUUGAUAUCACCGACGUCAAAAAGCUUUGUUAAGAAGAAGGCUGCUUUGACAUUGUUACGUCUGUUUCGUAAACAUCCAGAUGUAGUUCCGGUGAUGGAAUGGGCUGAAAGAAUUGUGUCUUUAAUGGAUGAAUACGAUUUGGGUGUUGCAUUGAGUGUUACAACAUUGAUUCUGGCUCUAGCCCAAAGCUAUCCUAACGAAUAUAGCGGAUGUUACGAAAAAGCAGUGAAUCGAUUGAAAAGGAUUCUCAUUGAUCGAGAUUAUAGUAUCGAUUAUAUCUAUUACAAAGUGCCCAUUCCUUGGCUACAAGUGAAAUGCUUACGUUUACUUCAAUAUUAUCCUCCACCUGACGAUCCCAAGCUACAAGCCGAUAUUACAGAAUUACUGCAAAUCAUUAUCACGAAUUCACAGGAUACACCAAAGAAUGUUCAACACAGCAACGCGCAAAAUGCCGUUCUCUUUGAAGCGAUCAACCUUGCUAUUCAUGUGGACAGUAAUUCCAGCAUUUGCGCGCAAGCAGCAGCGCUUUUGGGCAGAUUCAUAUCUAGCAAGGAAACGAAUGUGAGGUAUUUAGGUUUGGAAACCAUGGCUCAUUUAGCAGCUUGUUUGACGUCGCUUGAGCCCAUCAAACGGCACCAAGAGACCAUUCUGAUGUCACUCCGAGAUAAAGAUAUCAGUGUCCGUCGCCGAGGAUUGGAUUUAUUGUAUUCGAUGUGCGAUACAUCGAAUGCCAAAGUGAUUGUAUCGGAAUUACUGCGUUACCUGCAGGUAGCAGAUUAUGCCAUGCGUGAGGAAAUGGUGUUGAAAAUAGCCAUUUUAGCGGAAAAGUUCGCCUCAACGUACUCAUGGUAUGUCGAUAUUAUUCUCCAGCUUAUCUCUACAGCGGGAGAACAAGUCAGUGAGGAAGUGUGGUUUCGCGUCGUUCAAAUUGUGACGAACAACGAAGAUUUACAAGAAUAUGCAGCCAAAACCGUACUUAAUUAUUUGGGAUCGCCCCAAUACAACGAAACCAUGGUCAAAGUCGGAGGCUAUAUUCUUGGUGAAUUCGGUCAUUUAAUCGCCAACCUCAGGGGCUGCAGUCCUAUUGAGCAAUUCAAUGCCAUCCACGCCAAGUUCAAUCUUUGCUCAUUGCAAACGCGCGCGCUUCUCUUGACGACGUAUGUCAAAUUUGUGAAUUUGUUUCCAGAGAUCAAAGGACAGAUAUUGCCUGUACUGAAUCAAUACCGAUAUGUUUUGGAUGCUGAGCUCCAGCAAAGAGCAUGUGAAUACUUUUCUAUUUCAACGAUGGCAACGGACGACAUGCUGCAGACAGUGUGUGAGGAAAUGCCUCCUUUCCCAGAAAGGGAAUCCACUUUAUUAUUGAAACUAAACGAGAAGCAAGGGGAUACGGUGGACAGCCGUGUAUGGGUGAUUGGUGGUCGUGAAGCCAACGCGGAACGUCAAGACACGCUUAAACGGAUGGUCUCUGUUCGAUCAAGCUCAGCUGAUCACUUCCACACCACGACGACGACGACGACGACGGGCUAUAGUCGUUCUUCGGCACCCGCACCGCCCUCCUCUGCUGGGGCGGCGCCUGUACGAUCCAUGACUGCGCCUUCGAGCCACCUUUCGUCCAUGCUGACUCAGCCAAACCCACCACAAGAGAAGGAGCGCGACUUGCUCGAUUUAUCCGACUUGACACUCGAGGAUCGUUCUUCUCAUCAACAAAGUGCACUUCAAACAACGCACCUCGAUACAACUACGCCGCUCGCACCUGAUUAUGAGCUCGGUUAUAACUUACUUCAGCACAAAGCAGAGGGUGUUUUAUAUGAAGACCAGCAAAUGCAAGUGUCCGUCAAGUCAGAAUAUCACGCCGCUCAGGGCAGAGUGGCUCUCUACUUGACCAAUAAAACAGCGUACACGAUGUCGGGUAUCCGUCUGGUCGUUGGACCUGUCGAAGGCGUGAAUGUGACCGUGUUGUCGCCUGAUGAAGGGCAAGCUCUCCUACCCAGCGGAUCACAAAUGCAGCAGCUUCUUUCGGUCGAAUGUAGGGAUGUUUUUCUUCACUCACCAGAGAUUUUCAUUGCGUAUACCAUGGAUCGGGAGAGUCAGGUGCUUCACCUUAAAUUACCCAUUCUCCUGACCAAGUUUCAAGAACCCAUCACGACGAUGGACGGAAGCAACUUUUUCAAACGUUGGAAUCAAAUCGGGGGUCCUCCUCGCGAGAGCCAAGUGAUUUUCAAGAGCGAGGUGCCUAUUCAACCUGCGCAUGUGACGACGCUACUGCAAGAGUUCGGCUUGGGGCUAUUGAUAGGGGUGGAUCCCAAUCCCAAUAACUAUGUGGGUGCCGGUAUUAUAGAUUCAGGUCCACAAGGAGGAAAGAUUGGUGUUUUAUUACGGCUGGAACCGAACCUUGAACAAAAUAUGUAUCGUUUAACAGUGAGAGCACCUAUAGAAAGCGCAUCUGCUAUCGUCCGUGAAAUAUUAACAAGACCUUUAACUUAUGGAUCGUAAUGAUUCUUAUCGAUAAGCUACUACCAUCUCACUCAUACCCGUAGCUUUUUUUUUUUUUCCCCAAUUUGUAACAAUAAAAACAAAAAAUUACGUGAGGAC